AUGCAAGAAGAAGAUGUUUGGUUACAUCCACUGGACUCGAGAGCUGACGCCCACUCGCGGCUGAGGUGUGUGUGGGACACCUUUGUGGGAGUGGGUGCGAUAGUGGGAAUGAUAGUAGCGUUGACUUUGUUGGUUGUGGAAGACUGGACCAAUUAUCCGGUAUGGUUGCGAAGAUUUGUGCUCUGCAGUAUGUUGCUAGAAGGAUUGAUAGGUUUGGUGGCGGCUGCGAGUAUGGCCUGUUUGGCAGUCAUGCUGGGACGGAAUGCAAUGAUCCAUGCAUUGUCGGUAAUCAGUUUGCUUAGUGAUGGGUUGCUUUCCAUAGCGUACUUAGGAAGCUCAGUGUGGAGUUCGUUUGCGCUCUACUACCUUUUAGAGGCUUCCAACUUCAGCUGGACCGACCUUCGAAACAGUGGGAACUUCAACGUGUGUCUCUGCUGCUACGUCGCAGUGAGCUGGCUAGUCGCCACUGCAUACUCAAUCGGAAGACUACCCGUCUUCUUCGGGGUCUGCACCUUCGCUCUCCAUCAGGUCGAACGCAAGAUCAAACACACGCCCAUCGUCCGCUUCUACUCGGAAUAUAACCGAGGCGAUGAAUACUACAUACGGAUCAUGCCCCUCGAAGAGUGCUCAGAACUCGUCGAGACAAUGGACAACCCGCUCAAAAUCAGCUCUGUACCUGAACAACAACAGCCACUGCGCCCAACUCCAGUUUAA